AUGGAUGGAUGGAAUGAUGGGAAGAUAAAGGGAUGCCCGGAUACCUGGCCGCUCAGAUUUUCACCUCCUAUCCACGAGGAGGCGCAAAGAGACCGCGCGCCCGGGUUCAGCCUGGGAGACGCCGCUCUAGGCCGCAGCCCGCGCCCCAGAUGCAUUUCCGCCCGCGCCGGACGGACGCGGGAGGGGGUUUCCUGCGGCUGCAGCCGCCUUCCCGAGCGGUCCCGAACCGUUCCGAACCGUCCCGAACCCGAGAAGCCGCACCUUCUCGCGUGGUUCUCUCUGACCCCGCCGACGACAGUCCCGGCGCCCUGGGCCGUGCGGGCUCUGCGGCUCUCUUGGGAGCAGAUGGAGACUGUCCCUUGGACGGCUUUGCGGGCCGUGCCGCAGGCAGCAGCCCUUUCUGCCCUGCAGGACCCUGAUCCGCAGCUCCUGAUGCCGCCCUUGUGUGCAGGGGUGAGGCCUGCUGGGAGAGCUGCCUUGGAUCUGGAGAUUGCUGGAGGAAGCCAGAGGGCAUGGAGGCACUGGCCCUCUCAGGAUGAGAGGUCCCAGCUGCCCUGGAGAGAACUCCUCAUGAUUAUGUUGGGAUUGAUCGUGGACACUAGAGUGGUGUGAUGAAGAAUAAUGUUGCCAUGUGAAGCAUCACCAGACCUUACCCUGUUGCCUCAGCACAGCAUGGAAGGACUUUUCUCUCUGUGUGAGCAGGCCAGAGAGAAAGCCCUGGGACCCUGGAGGCUUGUGGCCCAGAGCUAGAGACUUCAGCUGGUUCUGCCGCUCCCCCAGCGGUGUCACCGAGCACCAUGAACCAGGAAGACUGGUUCCCUUCCACCUGGGUCACGUUGUCCAGCAGCCUCCACGUCUCCCCGCCUACUCCUCCCGUAACUUGUUAGAACCAAGAGUUUUCUGUACUGUGCAUCGUUGUCCUCUCACGCACCCAAUAAAUCUUGAA